AUGGACGGAUCCACCGUCAACCGACUCGUCAUCCUGUUCCUCCUCGUACUUGUCCUCGCCACCAGCAACAGCGAGCAUGGACACGCAGGAGCCGUUGAUGCGGGCAACGUCGUCGUCGUCCGGGUCCGGCUAAUCGGCCGCGGCCCGGAUGACAAGACCACCGUCGCCGUGCAGAGACACGACCUCUCCUUCGCCGGCUUCACCGAUGGCAGCGGCCAUUGGCACGCCUUUCCUGGCCUUGAGCAUCUCUUCCCCACGUCCACGACGCUCCCAUUCGGCAGCAGCUACAGCGACCUCAUCGGCGGCCUUGCGAACCUGCCGGGCGUGCCGCUGGGGCGGGAGGCCAUGCUGGAGGCCAUCCGCGUGCUCGCCGCCUACCGCCCCGGGGCCGACGUGCAGCCGGUCAAGCGGGCGCUGGCGGCGAUGAAGGUUGUGAUGUGCGAGGCCCAGCGGGUGAGGCCCAUCAAAGAGACCCUCAACGACGGAUGGGACACCGGUGCCCGCGUCGCCCCCGAGCACCUGCCCUACAUCGAGCACUGGGACACCAUGUCCUAUGAGAUCCUCCGCUCCAACCUUAUGGGCAAGUGGGACGGGCCCUUCACCAAGAUACUGGAGACGGAAGCCAACAUCCGCAGCAAGGAGGAGGCGCUCGCCGUCGUCGGGGUGCUCCGGAGCGUCGACUUUGAGCAAGUGAUUGAGGCUCACGCUUCCCCGAUCUAA